AAUUGACACAGCGAUCAGUUGAUGCUGGCGAGUCGAUGCGUGCAGUAGUUUGCUGUGAUUGUGCGAUGAUGUCUCCGCUGAUUGUGGUGACCCUGGUCGUUUGGGGUGGACUCACGGUGGUCAGUGCGCAGGACAACAAGUUCCAGUGCGGGUUGCCGCGGGCGAGGUCCCAGUACUUGAUCGUCAAGGGCGAGGACACACGGCAUGGAGCGUGGCCUUGGCACGUGGCCAUGUGGCUGAAGCAGCGGGACGGGACGGACAAGUACUCCUGCGGAGGGACGCUGAUCAGUCAGAAGUUCGUGCUGACCGCGGCGCAUUGCGUGCUGAGCGAGAACCGGCACAAGUUGUUGCGAAGUGCGACCGAUAUUACCGUGUGGGCGGGGGUCUUUGACCUGAACAAUCCGGAGACGGACACGAGGCAGGUGCGAUCGGUCUCGAAGAUUCACAUCAAUGGGUACACGCGGGAGAGUUUGUUGAACGAUAUUGCUUUGCUGGAGCUGUCGGAACCGGUUACGUACAGUGCGUACGUGCUUCCGGCUUGCUUGAGCGAGAAGACGACCUUGAGAACCGACUCCGGAACGGUCGUUGGGUGGGGAGUGGCCGAUGAUGACAAACCGUCACCGACGUUGAAGAAACUAUCGCUUCCGGUGGUGGCGGAAUCGGAAUGUCUCAAGAGUGAUCCGUUGGUGUUUGGGGUGGCGCUGCAGAAGGAACUGUUUUGCGCUGGGUACGCCAACGGUUCCGCUCCGUGCAACGGAGACAGUGGAGGUGGACUCAUGGUUCAACGUGGUGACGCUUGGUAUGUGGCGGGUAUCGUUUCCUUCACCAAGAUCCGCAGCGGUGGGUCGAAUCUCUGCUUGGCGGACUCGUACACCGCGUUCACCAACGUCACCGCCUACUGGGAUUGGAUCGAAAAGACCACCAACAUUGACUUCCGCGGCCGGUACAACGAUGAGAAAAACAUCCCCUGCGAAACGCCCAACAAAAUCCCCGGCAUCUGCGUCCCGCUCCAGCAGUGCAAAAACAUCUUCAACCUGAUCCGGGCGCCCCUGCUCUCCAAACCGGACGCCAACUACAUCAGCCGUUCGGUCUGCCAAAUUGGCGGAAUUCCGCGUGCGGUUUGCUGUCGAAAGGACCAAAUCGAACCGAUCCCGCUUCAUCCGAACGCGCUGCUCCUGCCGAGCGACUGCGGCCGCUCGAAGGUGCGGAACGUUCCGCCCAAGGGCCAAACGACGUCCGUGUUCGAGUUUCCUUGGAUGGCGAUGGUGCGCUUCGAGCGGAGGAAAAAUGGCGUCAUUCCGUUCUGUCUGGGAACGCUGCUGAACACGCGCUACGUGCUGUCCGUGGCGGGCUGUAUGAGCAAGCUGAAGUCGGUGCAGGUGGACCACGUCCGGCUCGGCGAACACUCGGAAACGACCGAGAUCGACUGCGCGUUCGACGCGCAAGGCCGCCGAAUGUGCGCGGACCGCGUGCUGGACGUCAAGGUCGAGUCGAUCGUGCGCCACCCCCAGUUUGACGUUCCGAUGUACACCAACGAUCUGGCGGUCGUCCGGCUGGCCACCGAUAUUCAGUACUCGGAUCACAUCAAACCGGUCUGCCUGCCGUUGAACUCGCCCCAUCGGACCAACAUCCCGAACGAGAUGAUCAUCACGGCGUGGGAUUUGGACCUGAUGAAACCGAACACGUACAUCGGGGAGCUGAAGCGGUACCCGCAGCGGAACAUGGACAUUGAAACGUGUCAACGGCGGUACGAACUGUCCGGUUUUACGCCGGAACUCGACGAAGAUCGAGUGUGCGCGCUGCAGCUGGGACCGGAGUACAACUGCCAACGGAUGGCCGGAGCCCCGGUCGGGGCGUACGUGAACAUGGACGGCGAACGGUUCGUGCAGUUCGGGAUGUGGAAGUUCGCCCCGCUGAACUGUACCGUACGCGAAACGGUUCCCGGGCUUGCGAUGCACAUGGGUCGCUACCUCGAUUGGGUGCUGAGCACGCUUGAACCCUCGGACCGAAGCAUAAUUAGGAAGAAUUAAAGUCAGUUAUAUCAAG